CUCUUUUUUCAUUAUUAUUUUUCCCUUUUUUUGUGUGCGCUUUUGUGUUUGUGUGUGUAUAUCUACCAAAUAAUGGGUGCCAAUACAUCAAGAGAAAGCGGCAAGUCGACCACCCAGUCGAUGCAUCAUACCCACCAGAAGAUUGAGGAUCUUGUUGACCUCGGCUCCAUCUUACCUAAUGGUCUUUAUCCUUCUACUGAACAAGACUUUGACUCUCGCAGUGUGCGUAAUCUUAUCAUGACACGGAAACUUGCUCCAUUCUACAAAGGUCUCUCUGACGCACCGGAGCCAGUGGCCGACAGUCUUAGUGUACCUGUUCCUCAAACGUCUCUCUCGCUGGUCGACAGUACGACUCGACCCCGCAGUGUAUCCAAUAGCAGUCGGACUCGGUCAGGAGGGCCGACUACCACCAGGCCCCGCAGUGCAUCAAGCAGUAAGCGGGAACUGGCAAAUGUAGCUAAAGAACGACAGAAAUUGACAAUGGAACGGAUGAAACAACGAGAACGAAUGUUGUACAAUGAUGCAGUUGAAUGUCCCAUUUGUUUUCUGUAUUACCCGUCCAAUACAAAUUACUCUCGGUGCUGUGACCAACCAAUCUGCACUGAAUGUUUUGUACAGAUUAAGCGACCUGUUGACACGCCCUCAACACCUGCUACCUGUCCCUUCUGCAUGGAAGAAAACUAUGGCGUGACAUAUGAACCACCUGCCUGGAGUGAUCGCCAAUCUGCCCAGCAAAGACCCCUCCAAAAUAACCCCAGCACAGGUACUCGCCACACUACGUCGGGUGGUGGCGAAGGUGCUAGGCCAAGACGUCAAUGCAUCAGUCACACCCGCCCAGAAGUAGUUCUUGUUGACCAUGUGAGACCCGAUUGGCAGCAGAAGCUGGUUGUCCCGGCCAAGACAGCUCGUACAGUCUCCAGACGCAAUUCAGCUUCGGCUGGUCCAUCCUCCCGCAACUUCCUGCGCACUGCCGCCGCAUUGACCCGCCCAGGGAGAUCUGCAUCCUCAGCAGCAUCAACUGAACACAACCAAUAUUUGUCCAACAUGCGAGACCUUAACAUGGAUCUUGAAGAAUGGAUGGUGGUUGAGGCAAUUCGUCUCUCUCUUCUCGAAGAAACUGAUCGAGCAGCAAAGGCAGCAGCAGAGGCAGAGGCAGAGGCAACAGCAGCAGAGGCAACAGCCACCACCACCACCACCACAGCAACAGCAACAGCAACAGAAGGAUUACCUGCAGGUAGAGGUGAAGAAUCAGGAACAGAAGCAGUAAGAGCACCUCCGACAACAACUUCAGAAUCAUCUACAUCUACAAAUCCACCUCCAGUACCCCCAUCAGUAACUAUUCAGGCCCAUGAUGAUGAUGAUGACGACGAUAAACCUUUGGUUCAGUGCACCCAAGCGCCUGUGGUUAUAGUUACAGAAGACAGACAUGAGAGGGAUGAACGGCAGUCAUGUGAUCCUGACUCUCGGGCGAUAUACUGAACAUUUUAACUGUAUAAAACAAAGUACCUUAAAAUACAAAAACAAAAACAACAACAACAGCAGCAGCAGAAAAGAUCAACAGCGACACCAGAAGAAAAGGAUGGUUGAAGGAUGUGGAUACAAACCCUUGUGUGUAUUAAGGAUAGGGGGAGAGUGUAGAUGAAUUUUUUAAGGGCUUUUCAUCCUUUAGGCCCGCUUCCAUGCGUGGCGUGUACAAAACGAGAUUGUCUUUUUUAUAUAAUGUACACAUAUAUAUGUAUACACAUAAUAUAUCUAUAUAUAUAUAUAUAUUCCUUCUCAGC